CUUCCCAGAGCCUUCGAUGCCGGCUAUGGGAACAACUUUACGACUUCUUCUUGUCCUGCUUUCUUCAAGGAUUUCUUGUCAGAUGAUACUUUUAAUGAAUGUGUUCCGCUAUCUCUUCUCUUACAGACAUCUACUUCUUUCUUUACCGUUCAACGCUCGCCUGUCAAACUGGCGCAGACACUUGGUGCUUCAUGCGGUGUCAAUUUUGACACCUGUAGCACCCUAAUGGCGUCGCUGGCUCGACAAAUCCAAUCCCCAAAUAACUGUGCAGCCGAUCUGCAAAACCAGAACCCUAUGGUUGUGCAAGCCUAUACUGGAUUUGUAGCUUACCAAUCACUCUAUCACGCCGGAUGUCUACUGAACGAUGACACGGGCAGCUACUGCUUCUCAGACGCAGUCACGAAUGCAACUUCGCCCACCGACAGUUAUGUCUACUAUCUACCUCUAGGCGUCUCUUUGCCUGGAACCACCUCACCCAGUUGCUCGAGCUGCUUACAAAACACCAUGUCUGUCUUUGCAAGCGCGGCUACAAAUCGCUCGCAGCCAAUCUCUAAGCUCUACACCACUGCAGCAGCCAUGAUCGACUUGACUUGUGGCGGACAGUUU